GAAAUUCUCGCGUGAACAUCCUGCAGCAGACAGUGGAUUGAAAUUUCUAAAGCUCUCAGAGUUGUCAACAAAUCUCUGCGGGGCUGCAUAUCCACAUUAGCAUCGAGCAGACCCAAUGAGAACCUCCUGCAUGCAGAAGAACCGCCUCAGCCGUGCUCAAAUAAGCGCCUUUCAGUGCUAGCAGUUCGCUUGGUGGAAGUUUCUGGCUCUUUUCUCUCAUCUGUGUCGCUUUAGCUAGUUAGCGUAUCUCCCACAGCCGCCCGGAUGCGGUGAAGCCCCGCAGUUUUACCUUCAGCUCUGGCAUUCCGACGUGCACGAACGGCUUCAAUCAUGUCAAACACUCGGCAACAGCAGCAGUCUGGCGGUUCAGCGGGGUCCGUCCCCGGGACGAGCUCUGGAAGUAUGAGUAGCAGUAGCGCAGGUGGAGCGAACAGCGGGAGCUGCGGCGCUCAGAACGGGAACAGCUCGAGUAACGGGGUGUCCUCGCGGACUUUGGGCACGGUUGCCGAGGGACAGAGCGCUCGACUAGGCUCGUCGAGUAGGAAAAGACCCUUGCACAACGGCCUGAUCAAUCCCUAUGAGGACAAGAGUAAUGAUUUUGUAUGCCCUAUAUGUUUUGAGAUGAUAGAGGAAGCUCACAUGACAAAGUGUGGCCACAGUUUCUGUUAUAAAUGUAUACGACAGAGUUUGGAGGACAGCAACAGAUGCCCAAAAUGUAAUUAUAUAAUUGAUAAUGUGGAUCAACUCUACCCCAACUUCUUAGUGAAUGAACUGAUCCUAAAACAAAAACAAAGAUCUGAAGAGAAGCGUCUGAAACGGGAUCACCCUAAUGGAACCAAAUGGCAGGUUUUUCAAGAUGUCCUUGGUGCAGAUCAAGAGAAUAUGGAUUUAGCGAAUGUCAACUACAUAUUAGAAUACCUGUUGCAAAAAAAGAAACAACUGGAGGCGGAAUCACAAGCUGCUCAGCGCCAGAUAUUAAUGGAGUUCCUGAAAGAAGCCAGAAGAAAUAAAAGAGAGCAACUGGAGCAGUUACAAAAAGAACUGAAUUUUUUGGAGGAGGAUAUCAAACGAGUUGAGGAAAUGAGUGGUAUGUACACAGUGAGUGAAAUGGACCCCAAUUUAGACAGUACUGUACCCCAGUUUGAAGCUCCCUCUCCUGCACCCAGCAGUAGCAUAAUAGACCCCACAGAAUACAUGCAACACCCUUUUGGUGGAAGCUCACAGAGUAAAAGACAAACUUGGUACAACAGCACUCUGGCGUCACGACGAAAGAGAUUGACGGCACACUUUGAGGAUCUGGAACAGUGUUAUUUCUCCAAUAGGAUGUCUCGGAUAACAGAUGACAGCAGGACUGUUAACCAACUGGAUGAUUUCAUGGAGUGUCUAUCAAAAUUUACACGUUACAACUCUGUGAGGCCUCUGGCCACCCUAUCUUAUGCUAGUGACCUCUAUAAUGGCUCCAGUAUUGUGUCCAGCAUUGAGUUUGACCGCGACUGUGAUUACUUUGCCAUUGCCGGUGUCACUAAGAAAAUUAAAGUGUUUGAGUAUGGCACUGUGAUCCAGGAUGCUGUGGACAUUCAUUAUCCUGUCAACGAGAUGACAUGUAACUCUAAAAUUAGCUGUAUCAGCUGGAGUAGCUACCAUAAAAAUCUGUUAGCGAGCAGCGACUAUGAGGGGACUGUCAUUCUUUGGGAUGGGUUCACGGGACAGAGGUCAAAGGUCUACCAGGAGCAUGAAAAGCGGUGUUGGAGUGUUGAUUUCAACCUUAUGGAUCCCAAGCUGUUAGCAUCAGGAUCGGAUGAUGCAAAAGUCAAGUUGUGGUCCACCAACCUGGACAAUUCAGUAGCCAGCAUUGAAGCGAAGGCCAAUGUAUGCUGUGUCAAGUUCAGUCCAUCCUCUCGAUAUCACCUCGCCUUUGGUUGUGCAGACCACUGUGUGCACUACUAUGACCUGAGAAACACUAAGCAGCCCAUCAUGGUUUUCAAAGGCCACAGGAAAGCAGUGUCAUAUGCCAAAUUUGUUAACGGAGAAGAGAUUGUGUCUGCAUCAACAGACAGCCAGCUGAAACUCUGGAAUGUGAACAAGCCACAUUGUUUGCGCUCCUUUAAAGGCCACAUCAACGAGAAGAACUUUGUGGGUCUGGCAUCUAAUGGAGACUAUGUAGCAUGUGGUGAGUGGCACUACACAAAAUUGGUCAAUGACCUAAAGCAUAAAGGAGGAAACAAAGAUGAGAAAGGACAGUUAGUAUUCAGUAAUGGCCCAGAGCCCAGACUUGAGUCCACCUGA